CCAGAGCUGCGCAGCACUCAGCCCUGGUGAACGUCGUCAUCUUUAUGUCUUUACCCAUGAUCAUGCUCUGAAAGACUUCAUCCAUCGAGCUGAUUCAGGACUCGAAACGGCACUGAGUUGUGUUUGUUUGGAUGCAGUCAGCCCGAAUGCCUCCAGAGCCGUGAUUUUAUUCUGAUAAAAGGAAUAUUCAACGCCGACCCGGGCCAAGUUGUUCUUCUGUGAGCGCUCUUCUGUGAUGAACCUGGAGCGCAGUGAAAGAGGGGAGCGCCCUUCUCCUCGAGGCCUGGAGAUGGAGCCUCGCGCUGGGGGGAAGAUGGGAAAGAUAUCCGUGGGCUUCCAGAGGAGCUCCACCUCAGAUGAUGACUCUGGGUGUGCGUUGGAGGAGUAUGCAUGGGUGCCACCGGGAGUCAGGCCUGAGCAGGUCCAGAUGUAUUUCUCCUGUCUACCGGAGGAUAAGGUGCCGUACGUCAACAGCCCCGGAGAGAAGCAGAGGAUCCGGCAGCUCCUCUACCAGCUGCCACCGCAUGACAACGAGGUGCGUUAUUGCCAUUCUCUGACUGAGGAGGAGAAGAGGGAGCUCCACAUGUUCAGCGCCCAGAGGAAGAGAGAGGCACUGGGGAGAGGAACACCCAAGAUCCUGCCCCGAGCUCUGCAACACACCCGCUGUGAAAAUUGUGGCGAAGGCAUCAAUGGAGGAGAGAUGGCCAUUUUUGCCUCCAGAGCAGGGCCGAGCCCCUGCUGGCACCCAGCAUGCUUUGUGUGUGCCACGUGUCAAGAGCUGCUGGUGGAUCUGAUCUAUUUCUACCAAAAUGGCAAGAUCCUCUGCGGAAGACACCACGCUGAGCUUCUCAAACCGCGAUGCUCUUCUUGUGACGAGAUCAUAUUUUCAGAUGAGUGCACUGAAGCAGAAGGUCGUCACUGGCACAUGAAGCACUUUGCCUGUUUCGAGUGCGAGACGAUGCUAGGGGGGCAGCGCUACAUCAUGAAAGAUGGCCGGCCCUACUGUUGCGGCUGCUUUGAGUCACUGUAUGCAGAGUACUGCGAGGCCUGUGGUGAAAACAUUGGUGUUGACCAUGCCCAGAUGACCUAUGAAGGUGUACACUGGCACGCCACAGACCAGUGCUUCUGUUGUGCCCAGUGCAAGACAUCCUUGCUGGGCUGUCCCUUCCUGCCAAAGCAGGGUCGCAUUUAUUGCUCAAAGGCCUGCAGCCAGGGGGAAGAUGUUCAUGCCUCCGACUCAUCUGAUUCCGCCUUCCAGUCUGCCCGCUCACGUGAGUCACGGCGCAGUGUCCGCAUGGGGAAGAGCAGCAGGCCUGCCGAACAGUGGAGACAGUCACAGCUAUUUAACCCCCCUGCCGCUGUCCCCUCCUUUGAGUAUAAGUUCAGAGAUGGAGAGGGUGAUGGAGAUGCUGAUUGCGACAUUGGUAUCGUAGGGCGCAAGCUGGCUCGUCUAGGCCUGGAAGAGGAGAGGUUCUGGAGGGAGCGGGAGGAGCAGGAUGUCGGUGGAGAGGAGGAUCCAGAGGAGUGGGCACAGCAUGAAGACUAUAUGACUCAGCUCCUGCUCAAGUUUGGUGACCGUGGGAUGUUACACCAACUUCAGCAACCAUCCCUAAAAUCUCCCAGCCCUAGCAGUGACAGAAACAGGUUAAUAGCUGUCUCUGACCCCUGGCUAAAGCCUGAUACCAUAUCUAUGGGGGUUACUGCCUCCUCUCCAACCCCUGCCAGUCCCACCCAGAGCCAGACUUCGAAUCAAUCACGAGCCAACAGCCUUAGCCCUGGACUGAUGAGCAAGAAGCACCUGCCUGAAAUGUACUGGGCCCAGUCCCAGGAUGGGUUGGGAGACUCAGCCUAUGGGAGUCAUCCAGGUCCUGCCAGUGCCAGAAAGAUCCAAGAGCUGGAGCUGGACCAGGAUCAGGACCAAUCUGGCACAGGAAGACAAGCCUUCUGGCCAGACAACAGGCAGUGGUAUGAAGACUCCCUUGAGUGUAUCGCCGAUGAACUGAGGAAAGUUGAGCAGGGUGCUGGAGACUCCAUGGACUCUCUGGCAUUAUCAAACAUUACUGGUGCAUCAGUGGAUGGAGAUGGCAGGGAUAGACCUAUAGUCUACAGCCUUGCCAUGCAGGAUCCCUCGGUGACAGAUGACUGUGAGAAGAUGAGCAACAUGGGAACCUUCAAUUCAUCUCAUCUUCACCACAGUGCCAACUCUCUCAACCUUAAUAUGGAGAAGGGAGAUGAGGAGGAGGUAGCAUUUGCAAUGAGGGGAGGCACACCAGGAGGACUUCUCUCCCCAAUGUCCCCACAUUCAGAAGGCCUCCCUUCAUCUUUUGUCCACGCCCCAGCACUGAGGAGGAGCAAGUCCCAGUCCAGACCUCCUCAGAUGGUCAAGUUUUCAGAGGAUACUGUGGACAAUGGAUAUAAUGAUGGUUUUGAUGUGAAUAUUAGAAAGCAUCCCAUGAGUGAGAAGCCACAGCGGAGGGCGUACUGCCCAGAUGAGAUGGGCCGAGAAAGAAGCCGUCCAACGAGCCACCAUGGGCGCAGCAGGCAGCACCACCACCGGCAAGGCAGGCACCACCGGAGCCGCAAAACCCGGUCAGACAACAACCUCCACAUGUUGCCUUUGGAGAAAGCACAGAGGCUGUAUGAGCCCCAGCAGCAGGGUCUGGGAAACCCUCCUUGUGGUGCCAUGCUCCUACAGCAUCCCGCACACAGGCUGCCACUGGCCUACUCGCAAACCCGAUCUGACUAUAUGCCUCAGGGCUCAGCUCAAGGAGACCCACGCGUUGAGCAUUUCAUGGGUCUCUACAGAGAUGAGGAUGACUCUUGCUCUACUUGCUCUUCUUCAUCAUCAGACUCUGAGGAGGAGGGCUAUUUCCUGGGCCAGCCGAUCCCUCAGCCUCGAGCGGCUGGGCGCUACUAUGCCGAGGACUACCCAACAAGGGUUACAGCCCUCUCUCCCCAGAGCCACGGCUUACAGACUGGUCGCAGGAAGAGCCACCGCUCCAAAAACUGUAUCAUUUCUUAACUUAAUCUGCACUACACUAAGCAAUAAUGUCAGAUUUUCUGAUCAUGUGGAUUUAGCGGAUCAAAUCUGGGUUUAGAAAGGCAGUUUAAAACAACCCAUGUGGACAGACUGUAUUCCAUCCUAACAGAAGGCACAUGACAAGAUGCAUAUCAUAUUUUAGGCCAAAAUCUACUGAAAGAAAUCAAUUCCAAUUACUAAGAAAGCAAAGGACGGACUGGAUCUUGUAAUAUAUAGUCAGAAAAUCAGUUUUUGUGUAUGUGCAAAUUUGGCCUAGAUACUGGGUUUCAUUAAAUUUUCGCACUAAUAUGAUGCAUGGACUGGUGAACUUGGAAGCCUUUCUUUAGACAGUGCAGACCAAAAUAUUGCUUGUUGCUGAGUUGACAGGGUGGUGACAUUAAACUUAAUCUUUCAUUUCAGCAUUUGCCAUUAAGUUUUUAAAAAUGUUUUGUGUUCAGUUAAAUGUUUUGCAGCAAUAUCUUUGUGUGCAUUCAAAUGGCAACACAUUGUAUACAGAGGUUGAUAAAGUAGAAAAUAGAAACAAACCAAAUAAUUAUUUAAUACAUAAUAGUACAAAAUGAUAAUGUAUAUAUUAAGUUAAGAUUUUAAUACCGGUAUUUUUAUAUCUGUGGUUUAAAGAAUUGUUUCUUUGGAAGUAUAUGAUAUAAAAGAAUAGCAGUUGUAAUGGUAAACAAACAGACCUCGUUAAUAUUUGAGAAACAAAGAAGGUGCCACUUCAUAAACUGUUCUCCACAGUAAAGUGCCAUGUUACUCGGUAACAAUGUCUAUUAUAACAUAUAUUCCUCACCGCUCACUAUCGAUGUAGAAAAUAUAAAACGAAUGGCAGUAACAGCUGCAUUUUCCGUACUGAGCUGAACUGUUCACUACCCUUGCUCUGACGUAACCAGCUAAAUGCUUUGUGAUGUAAAGACGCUUGUAAUAAAUAUUUUUUCUC